AUGUUCUUCACACCAUCAAAAACUAAUAGUGGCAAUGUCAAUCCUACUUCUUCAUUGUUAAAUAAUAAUAAUAACACAACGCAAACUUUUGGAAACACUCCCCUAUCAUCCAACAACAUUAAUGCUAACAACAAUAAAGAUAAUAAUGAUAACUAUAACAAUAACGUCAAUUUCACCGGUGGUUACAACAGGUUUAACAAUGAUGCCAAAAACACUUUGAAUAUAGAUAAUUUUUACGGACCAAUAUCAACAUUUAGUAAUUUUCAUAACACUAACGGGUUAACCACUUCAGAUUCACUAGCUUCUAGUUUAUCUAAUACAAAUGAACAUUUAAAAGUGACUGGAUUAGGCACCACAGACCCUUUGAAUUUAUCUGUUCAAUAUAUAGAUCAUUUAUAUCGUCGCGAUGAAAACACUCCAAUAUUAGAUGAUAGGUCAUAUUAUAAUAACGGUGUCAAGUACAAUUUUACUAAAGUAGUUGGUGGAUUAGGUGCAUUUACACCCUUUGAAAGACAAAAAAUCAUAAAUAUCCCCGAAGAAUUGUUACAGGAAGCGUCCAAUGCUUCUAUAAAAAGCAAUAUUGGUAUUUUCCCUGAAAUAGAUAGGUGUUGGAUUACAAUUGAUAAUAAAUUGGUGUUUUGGAACAUUAAUGAUCCAUUUGAUUUUAAAUCUAUAGAAGAUAUAAAGCAUACAAUUUUGAAUGUAGCUUUAGUUACACCAAAACCUAACACUUUUGUAGACGAUAUUCAGCAACUGUUAUUGAUCUCCACCCCGUUUGAUAUUUAUAUAUUAGCUGUUUCAUAUAACCGUAACCUUAAUGAAUUGAAUAUUUUCAAUACUGGAAUGAAUAUCUCUAUAAAUGGAUUAGGGUCUGUUGAUAUUGUUGGUCAUGAAUCAUCAGGAAGAAUAUUUUUUGUUAGUACAUCAAGUGGGUUAAAUAUCUGGGAACUACAGUAUACUGGGUCUGAUGAUUGGUUUAAUAGUAAAUGUAAUAAAGUGUGUCUAACUCAGUCUGCGUGGACAAGUUUAUUACCUUCGAAUGUCAUGUCAUUGAUUCCUGGAGGUAAUAUGAUACAAUCUUUGUUUGAAGAAAAUUCUCAAGAGACUCUUAUUCAAAUUACGAUUGAUCAGUCUAGAGGAAUCAUUUAUACACUUUCAUCUAAAUCAGUGAUUAGAGCUUAUCUGAUUGUAAACAAGGGGUUGGAGGGUCCUUCCACAGUUGAGCCUUCAUAUAUUAGUAGAAUUAUGGGGACUACUAUGGCUAGAGGUGCAGCUAUCUUAGGGAAGAAAUAUCUGAGAAUAUCUAAGAUUAUACCAAUAUCAUUAAAUGAAAAUAAUAAUAUUUUUUAUGUGGCUAUCACUAUAGGUGGGGUUCGUUUAUAUUUUAAUGGUUCUGUGACUCGUUCAAAUAUUGAAGCAAUUAGAUUGGAAUCCAUUAAAUUUCCACCAAGUUCUGUGACGCCAGAUAUUCUACAACAUGAAUUACAACAACAGAAGCUAGAACAACAAAAGAGAAAUAUUCCAUUCUAUUCAAGCUUAUCUCUCUCUGAAUCUAUCAUGUUAAAGACACAAAAAAAAUCAGCCGUCCUUUUAGAAACCACUAGGGCAAGUACUAUUAUUUCUCCAGGUAUUUUCUUUUCCACAGUUACUAAAUCACAUCAAUCUAAGCCUUCUUCUAUACAACUCGCAUCUACAGCAGAUAAUGUUGAUAACACUCUUAAUAAUAAGGAAGGAUUAAAACAUCAACAGUCUCACACGAAUCCUUCACCAGAGAUUUUUGAACAUCGCUUGUUUGUUAGUGUCCCAGACUAUGGUAUUUUGAAACAUCAUGGGGAAUAUGUAGAAAAUGCUACUUUCUUAGAGACGACUUCAGUUGUCAGGGCAAUUGUACCAUUAACAUCAACCUUUCAUGCUACAAAUAAACCAUCAGGAUAUGCAAACGAAUUUGCUACUCAAUACACCACAGAAAAUUUACGUGUUGCUGUUUUAACUAAUAGUACCAUUGAAAUUUAUAAAUACAGGACACCAGAUGAGGUCUUCGAAACACUAAUUGAUAAUCCAUUACCAUUUGCAUUGAAUUAUGGUUUAUCAGAAGCGUGUUCCAGUGCUUUAUUCGUUACCUGCAAAUUCAAUAAACCGGAUUUAAUAAGGUCAGGUGCUCUGACAUUUUUAACCCUGGGUAUUCCAGGUGUGAUUGAUAUCAAACCUAGAUAUGAUCGGUAUGCUACUUCAGCCAUGUCCACAUUACUUGGUAAAUCGUCAUUUGCUACUACUACUUCCUCCUUUGCAUCAACCCAAAAUAAAGACAUGUUAUUAUAUGGUGGUAAAGCUAAUUUUAAUUUAGAUGAUGUUAUUCUUUCUCCAAGAUUUUACGGUAUUGCUCUUUUGAUUACAAGAUUAUUAAGAGAGAUAUGGGAAAAGUCGAUCUUUACAGUAGCUGAUGGAGUUAAAAUAGAUAUAGCUCACACGAUAUUAAAGUCAGCCUUUCAUUCUAAAGAAAAUAAUGUAAUAACUGGUAUAUCAGUAUCCAGAGGUGAUAUUGAAUACUAUUUAUCUUCUAUUAUUAUUCUUACUGAAUUUUUUGAGAAAUAUGGUGAUUCUUUAACAAGAAUUUCCACACCAUUAAUGACUGAUAAUUCCAACACUAAUAAAGCUGAAGAAGUUUCUAAUCAAGCGGAAAAUAUUGCUAUUAAUGCCUUAAUUAGACUAACAUCAUCAAUAAAAGAAGCCUUAUCUUUCUUGAAUGUCCUUUAUGAAGAAAGUGAAAUUGAUGGUUUUGAUCAACAAUAUUUAGCAUUUAAAAAUAUUUUCGGUUUUUUGAAAAGUGACGUUCAAAAUACUCUUUCCAAGUUAAAAUUUAAGGAUUUAUUUGCUCCUAAUGAUAUCACCAAAUUUUCAGUAAGAGAAAUUUUGUUGUCUAUUAUUAACAGAAAUAUCAAUAGGGGUGCAUCUAUUGAAUAUACUGCUACAACAUUACAAGAACGUUGUGGUUCUUUCUGUUCGACUAAUGAUAUUUUGAGUUUUAGAGCACUAGAACAUUUAAGAAAGGCUAAAGAAGUUGGGACUAGGGACUUUGAUGCAUUGAGUCACCAUUUAGAUAGUGCUAUGAAAUUAUUUGAGGUAAUUGCUAAUGAUUUGUCUGUUAAUAAAUUAAAGGAAGCUGUUAACAUUAUGUUAGAAUUAAAUUAUUACCCUAAAACUAUUGAAUUUUUGUUAAGUAUUUCUGGUGUUGUAGACAAAGGUAAUUUAGCAUAUCAAUAUGUCUCUAAUGGUUCUUUACCAAAUGAUGAAAGAAAGAAAUUUUAUGAUAAACGUGUGAUAAUAUAUGACUUGGUGUUUGAAACUUUAAUCAAAGUAGACAAUUUAGCAGCUAGUAACAAUCAACUCAACAAAAAUCCAUCCUUGGUUUCGGUUGAUAUAAAUAGUAUUAAGGAUGAAAGCUAUAUGAUUGCAUUAUCGUUUGAUGAUGAAUUAUUCCAUUAUCAUAUGUACGAUUGGCUAGUAUCCGAAAAUAAUGAGGAGAAAUUAUUAGCGUUAGAUACCAAAUAUAUUUUACCAUAUUUAAAUGAAAAGGCAAAAGAUUCUUUGAAAAUAUCUACAUUAUUAUGGAUUUAUCAUUCCAGAAAACACCAAUUCUAUAAAGCUGCAGAAAUCUUAUAUGCAUUAUCCAUAUCAGAUUUUGAGAUUAAAUUGCAUGAAAGAAUUGAAUUCUUAGCUCGUGCUAAUGGAUUCUGUAAUAGUGAUUGUCCACCUAGUGAAAAGCAAGAUAUGGUUCGUUUAUCUGGCAUAAUUAAGGAAUUAUUUGAUGUUACUAGUGUUCAAGAUGAUACUUUAGCCUUAGUACUAACUGACACUAGAAUUGAUGAAGACACAAAAAAAGAUUUGGUUAAACAACUGGAUGGAAAUAUUUUAUCAGUAAGUGAUUUGUUUAAUGAUUAUGCUGUUCCGUUGGGUUAUCAUGAAGUAGCUUUGAAUAUAUUUAAAAUAUCCGAUUUUAGAGAUCAAGAAGAAAUCAUGGCUAAAUGGGAAGAAUUAUUUGAGUCACUAAAAAGAGAAGUCAAAUUUGAUGGCAAGAUGGAAGACUCUAUUAAUUUUAUCAAUCUUUUAUCCAAUGUUGUCAUUAAGGUUGGCAGGAAAAUUCAUAUUUCAGAAUUUGCAUUUCCUGUAUCAGAAUUAUUUCCUAGAAUAUGUGAUUUGUUUGAUCAAAACUUACCAAAGGAGCAUAUUAAAGCUGGAUCAAUAAUAUCAAUAUUUAUUUCAUCACAAGUAUCUUACAAUAAAUUAUACUAUAUACUUAAAGAUUUAAUUGAAACAAGAAAUUCUUCAAACGAGUUAUUUAAACAAGAGAUGGUAUAUUUGAUUAAAGAAUGGUAUCAAAAUGAUAGAAAAUUAAGAGAUUCCGUGUCUUCUGAUGCAAUCUCAAAUUUAACUGAAUACAGUAUUGAGAAUGAUCCAAUUGAAAGAUACUACAGAAAAAUAUCAUCAAACUAA